GCCUGGCUCCAGAGCAGAGGGGCUCCAGCCCUGGUAGCAUCUCCGGGGCCUCCUCUGGACUCACUCCAGCAGCUCCACAUCCUUCCUGUGCUGAGGAGUUUCCUGUAUCCCAAGGAUGGAGAAGAGGAAUCAUGGAAUUGCUGAUCCCCUCUGCACAAAAGUGCCAGAGAGCAUGGGACAGGCAGCUCCAGCCCCAUCUGUUGUGGCACUAAUGUGUGAUACCACAUUGACAACAACAAACUGGGAACUGCAUUGUCCAGCUAUGCAGUUUUGUUGCCUUCCUGAAACAGUUUCUGAAUUCAACACAAGCGGAGAAAUCCCUGGAAAAGAAAAAAAGUCCUGAGAAAUCACAGAAUCUGAGAAUAACUGAGGUUGGAAAAGACCUCCAAGAGCAUCGAGUCCAACCUUUGACUGAUCACCACCUUUUCAACAGACCAGAGCACUGAGUGCCACAUCUUCUGGACCUUUCCUGGUGGUCUCCACUCUUAACCCCUCGGAGCAGGCACAGUCACAGCUGUCAGAGGAGCACGGGACAAGUGAUAUGAGUUCUCUGGCCAAGCUACCAGCUUGCCUUGGGUGAAGGAGUGCCCCGUGCAGCCUUGGGCUGGUCCCAUUCCCAUUCUACGUGGAACAACCUUGGGGAUGGUCUGGAUUCCAGGUAUGACAGUCCUGUACUCUUCUUCAUUGCCAGGGGGCUCUGAGGCACAGCGAUCCCGGAGCAUCUGGAAGGAAAGGGAUGGUCCUGAAACUACCUUUGGGGAAUCCCGACCACACUCGGCUCCGUCACCCUUCCUAGGAAAGCGAGCAUCGCUGGCACUCGGACCGCAGCCCUGCCCAGCCCGCGGCCGCGGGGCAGCGAAGCAGAAGUGACUUGGGCGGCUCCUGCACGGCGCGUGGCUUCCCGUGGCACAGCCGGGCUGUCCUGUCAGGAAGUCACGCCGAGGGAGCAGGGGCAGUGCCCGGGAGCCGGCCCCGAGGUGUCCGUCAGUCCCGACCGCGUGGAUCGGCUGCGGGAGCGCCAUCGGCGGCUGGAACACCCCUGCGGGCACCGGGGGCUCACCCGGCCAGAGGCAGGGGAGGAUCAGGUGCCGGAGAGAGCUGAGAACCUGAAGUCUCUGGCAUCUCAGCCUUGGAUUUGGCAGAGGUUAGAGGAAGCAGCCGUGAGGGAAGGAAACGUUUCUGAGCCGGCUGGUGAGUCACUGGACAAACUCACCCCUGAUCCUGCUGUCCCCCAGAGUGAGGGGGGCUUGGUGCAGGUGCUGGAGGAGAGUUUCUCCCCAGGAGGAUGGUGCAUCCCCGCGACACAGAGAGGUUGUUCACCAUGAGUGUGGCUGUUCUGCUCCUCCUGGGGCUGGGGCUGUUGGGGGCAGAGGGCAGAAGAAACAGGUGUUACUUCAACCGCGCUCAGGAGCGCUGUGUGUGCUACAACCUGUCCGAGGAGACUGUGGACAGCAUCAUCCAGUGCCUCGCAGCCACUGUGGUGGAGUUUCGGGGGGGAGAUGUGGAGAAAUACAUAGCCUUCCCCAUCAGGAAGAUGGACGACUCUGCCAUUGAGGCUCUGGGCUCACUUAUCAUCGAGAAAGUGAUUAUUGCUGAUGUGCUGGUGCCUGAGAUCCUCCUGGCCCGUGUGUUGAGGUUCUUCUCCUACACCCACGUGAAGGAGCUGGUGUUUGACAGCUGUGUUUUCCAGGGCUCAGGUGACUGGCAUGAAAUGGAUGGCCAGAGCUUGCCCAUAUUGUCCCUGAGCUUCAAUAACGUGACAUCUGCCCCGCUGAUGGGCAAUGAACAGGCCUUCUCCAGCCUGAGCACGUGGCUGGAGACCCUGCAGGAGCUGGCUGUCACCAGCUCCCAUGUCACCAACCUGCCCUGUGCCAUUGGAAAGGUGUUCAGAGCUCUGCACACCCUGGACCUGGCACAAAACAGCCUCGAGGAUGGGAGCCUGACACCUACCUUCUGCCAGGGAACUUUCCCUCAGCUCCAGGUGCUGAGUCUGCAGCACAACAACCUGACGUCCUACCACAGUGUGUGUGAGGGAGUGGAGCUGCUUCAGGGGCUCCAGAACCUCAAUCUCAGCCAGAACAAGCUCAUGGCAGACCCAUCCUCCUCCUGCCAGUGGCCAGCAUCCCUCCGGAUCUUUAACCUGUCCCACACCGGCUUGGAGGAAGUGCUGACACCUCUGCCUCCCAACCUAGAGGUGCUGGACCUGAGCCACAACCACCUCCGUGCCGUGGACAUCUCCCUCAGCUCCCUGAAGAAGCUCUUCCUGAGCCAAAACCUGCUGCAGGCCGUCCCCUCCAUCCGGAAUUACCCCCUGCUGGACACCCUGCACCUGGACAACAACUCCAUCUCAGAGCUGCCGCGGGACGAGGUGACGCUCCUGGGGCGCCUGCAGGACGUGACUGCGGCCAACAACCCCUACAACUGCUCGUGCUCCGGGGCUGGGGGGCUGCAGGCACUGGCAGCGAGGGGGCACCUGGGGCAGGGCUGGCCCCAGGACUACACGUGCCAGUCCCCGCCGGGCUACCAGGGCUGGCGGGUGGCGGCCGUGCCGGUGUCGGCGCUGCGGUGUCACCGCGCCGCCGUGGUCGCCCCGCUCUGCGUGGCCCUGGCCCUGCUGGGCCUGGCAGGGGCCCUCUGCCUGCUCAGGGCCAGGCCCUGCCACAGGGUGAGAUGCUGGAGCCUUCCCACCCGUGCCUCCCCCUAGGAGCACCAAGGGAAGGCUCACAGGCCCCCCAAGUGAGGGGCUCUCUCGGUGUCCCCAGCCCAGGCUGCCCCAUGGAGCGUUAUCCCUGUGCCUUUGCCCCACUAGGUUUUGGGGCACCCCUCACUCAAAGCCCUGUCCCAGGGCUGUAGCCUCCCUUGUGGCCAACUCCAGCUCCCCAAGCCCAAACACGCCCCCAUUGCCCCUGUGAUGUCACCUGCCCUGGAUAAGAAGAAUUCAGCUCCAUCAUAUCCCCACUGGUGGCACUCAGAUGCCCCAAACCUCUCUGGGGUCUGGUGUUCCCUGACCAGACCCCCACAACACCUUGUAGCCCCCCCAUCCAGCCAUCCUUGGAGCCUCUGUGACCCCUCUGCUGGUCCUCCCUCUCCUCACCUGGGGUGCUGUGCCUGGGCCAGGAUGUUUGGUUUGUGAGGACGCUGCUUAGCUGCUCUUCAGCACAAGAGGAAACCCACAAAGACAGAAAAAUUACUAAAUUGAACACACAAAUGCCAACGAGGAGGAGCAGCCAAGACCUGAGCUCUGGAGGCACUGGUGGACAAGUCCCUCUGGUGUGACCCUGAGGACGUUCAACCAGAAACUUUUUGUGAUGAGAGGAAAAGGGGUUUGUUCUGGGUUAUGCAGAGAAUAUCUCACAUUAAGGGGAAAACUGAUCGUGGGAUUCUGAGGGAGAGCAGGGGAAUGCAGGACAGUGGGGAAUGCUUAU